AUUUUGCAAAUUUUGCCUUAUAUCUGUAUCACCUGUUGUGCUCCUUUUUUGCGUGAAUUUUCAUACUGAAUUAUGUCCAGGAUACAAAAUGGUGAAAUACACAUUUUCUGUAAUCUUAUUUCUUUACAGGCAGCUUUAACUUUUGCUUAGAAGAAGAUUACAGAUUUGAAUGUUCUGUUUCAACUGGUUUUAGCUUUUGUUUCUAAUUGUAAUUCUAUAUGAAUGACACAACUUCACUUGAUUCCACAUUUGAUAUUCAUCAUUUUAUAAUGAUUAGUCUGUAUUAAAUAAUAUGUAUGCCUUAUAGUAUUUCUUUUUCUUUCCAUAUUAAAAAAAUAAUAAUAAUAAAUAAAAUAAAAGGCAAAGUUGGCAAUGCAAGAGUACUUCAACAAGGAGCAUUUUAUCAACAUUGACACGCCAAUUUUGACAGCUAAUGACUGUGAAGGUGGUGGAGAAGUAUUUAUGGUUCAGCCCCUCUUUGCAGAAGUUGGUUCGCAGGGGUCACUCUCAACAAAGUAUUUUGGCCAUCCAGCAUAUUUGACAGUAUCAGGCCAGCUGCAUCUAGAGGCCAUGGCAAGUGGCUUAUCGAAAGUGUACAAUUUCAAUCCAGCUUUCCGAGCUGAGAAUUCCCAAACACGGCGACAUCUAGCUGAAUUCUGGAUGGUUGAAGCAGAGGAGGCCUUUCUCAGUGGGCCAGAAGGUCUUCAAAAGCUCAUGAAUAGAAUAGAGGACCUGUUGAAAGCCUCCCUACAGGGUGUUUUGGAUAAAAGUGAAGAGGAUGUAUUUGCUCACUGGAAACAAAAUGAAUGUACGGAAGAAUUAGUGAAAGCAGCAUUGAGUCAGCCUUUUAUCCGCAUGACUUAUGAUGAAGCUAUGACUCUCUUGCAAGAAAAUUCUCAGCAGUUCCAGACAAAACCAACUUUAGGGGAUGAUCUUGGGAAAGAACACGAGUUGUUCUUAACUAAACAUGCAGGCAACAGACCUGUGUUUGUGACUGACUGGCCCAAGAAAACAAAGGCUUUCUACAUGCGAGCCAGAGAUGAUGAUUCUGAUGUGGUUCUGGGAGUGGACUUGCUCUUGCCAGGCAUAGGGGAGGUGGCAGGAGGUGGCCUAAGAGAGGACCGACCUCAGAUCCUUCGCAGAGAGCUUGAUGCGCGCGGCCUCAUAGACAACCUCCAAUGGUAUCUUGAUCUGCGCACUUUCGGAGGCGGAGCUCCCUCAGGGGGAUUUGGCGUCGGAUUUGAAAGAUUUCUGCAGUUCGUACUUGGUGUAAAUAAUAUCAAAGAUGUCAUUCCAUUUCCUAGAUGGGGAAAACACUGUUCUUGCUAAAGUGCAGAUAUUUUAGCCAAAAUGUAAAUAUUGUUACCCUAGUCACUUUUUGUAAACAUGAGGAGGAUGAGCUAAUUAAACAA